GACUAUAUAAUAAUCAUAUAAAUUUAAUAUAAAAUUAUUAAAAUUAUACAGAAUAUAUUAACUGUUGAUUGUUAUCAAGUACAAGCAGAACAAAAACUACAAGGUUCCAUUUCGUCUUAGUAUAUUAUUUAUGUUCUUCUUAUGAAAUACACUAAUAAUUUAACAGCAUGACUAUACCUCGCCCAUGUGGUUGCAAAGGUUGUAGAACAUGUUUGGUGUGUGAAACCGAGUACGGUGCUGAAAAUUUGAAACUACAACUGGAAUUCGAUAAAAAUGUAGGUUAUGUCUACUGUCCCUUUUGCAACAAAGCCUGGAGAGGAUGGGAUAUGAAUAAAUACAAGGAACAUCCUAAUCAUGACGGAGACAGUAUUGAUUACCCUGGAGUCUACAUACAAACUGACUUCAUUAGCGAAGAAGAAGAAAGGCUUCUCAUGAAAAACAUAGAUGACGUACCAUGGGAUAUUUCACAAAGUGGUCGGCGAAAGCAGAACUACGGCCCAAAGACUAAUUUUAAAAAGAAAAAAGUUGUCGCUGGAAACUUUGAUGGCUUUCCAGAAUUUUCUAGAUUCCUACAACAGAGAUUUGAAUCUGUUGAUCUGUUAAAAGGCUAUGAAGUGAUUGAACAAUGUUCUCUUGAGUAUGACCCAAGUAAAGGAGCAUCGAUUGACCCUCAUAUAGAUGAUUGUUGGAUAUGGGGUGAGAGAAUUGUGACUGUGAACUGUUUAUCUGACACUGUGCUGACAAUGACUCGCUACAAAGGAGAUGUCAAUAAAUAUAAUCUGGCAUGUGCAGAGCAAUAUCACCCAGUUGUUAGUAAUGAAGGGAUUGUAACAAAUGGAAUAGAGGAAACAGCCUUAGAAUCCAGUAGACCAGCCAGAGACAUAAAUGUUAUAGUCAGAAUUCCUAUGCCAAGACGGUCUCUACUAGUUAUAUAUGGCGAACCAAGAUAUCACUGGGAGCAUUGUGUAAUCCGUGAAGACAUAAAUUCUCGCAGGGUGUGCUUGGCUUAUAGAGAGUUCACACCUCCAUACCUGUUACAUGGACAGCAUGUAGACAUUGGUGAUGAUAUUCGACAGAAAGCGAAAUUAUUUUGGAAUCACAAAGAUCGAUUUGCUAGCUCUGUUUGAAAUUAAUGAAACUUUUUAAAUAUAUUAAAUAAUAUAUAUUCAACUCAUUAUUUAAUUAACCUUCCUUACAUCUCCAUCUACCCAUUACACACACACAUAUAUA